CGCGGCGCGGCGGCGGCGGCCGCAGAGACAGCGCCAGCCCCGGCACGGCCGCUCCGCACCGCCGGUACCGCCGGCCCUCCAUCACCGCCGGCCCCUCCAUCACCGCCCCCUCCGCCAUGAACUCGCUGCUGUUCGGGGAGAUGGCCCGCGCCUUCUCCCCCGCCGCCGCCGCCGCCGCUGCCGCCGCCUCCUCCUGCCCGCUGGGCCCCGGCGGCGGCGGCCCCGCGGCGGCCGGGGGGGGCCCGCCGGUGACGGCGGCGCUGCGGAACGACCUGGGCUCCAACAUCCAUCUGCUCAAGGGGCUGAACGUGCGGUUCCGCUGCUUCCUGGCCAAGGUGCACGAGCUGGAGCGGCGGAACCGGCUGCUGGAGAAGCAGCUGGCGGCCCAGCAGAGCGAGCGCGACCGCCGGCUGCGCUACAAGACCUUCUCCCGGGACCAGGCGGUGCAGACGGACGGCGGGACCCCGCCGCUGGUGCCGCCGCCGGGCCCCGGGCACGGGGCGCUGCCGUCGCCGCCGCACUACGGGCGCCUGCCCGGCACCAUCUGGAGCUACACCCAGGUGCGGCGCACCGGCGGCGGCGGCCUGGAGACCGUGCAGGGCCCCGGCGUGUCCUGGGUGCACCCGGACGGCGUCGGGGUGCAGAUCGACACCAUCACCCCCGAGAUCCGCGCCCUCUACAACGUGCUGGCCAAAGUCAAGCGGGAGCGCGACGAGUACAAGAGGAAAUGGGAAGAGGAGCUGACGAGGAGGAUGAGCCUGGAAUCUAUGGUGGAAACCUUGCGAGAGGAGGCACAGGAAGCAGAAGCUCUCCAGGAAGAGUUGAACGAGAAAAUUGAGAGGCUGAAAGCAGAGCUUGUGGUCUUUAAGGGUCUGAUGAGUGAUCCCAUGACAGACCUGGACACAAAGAUCCAAGAAAAGGCCAUGAAGGUGGACAUGGACAUCUGCCGCCGAAUCGAUAUCACGGCCAAGCUGUGCGAUGUCGCGCAGCAGCGCAACUCGGAAGACGUUUCCAAGAUUUUCCAGGUGGCUUCCAAGAAGAAGGAGCGGAAGCUCACGUCCGACGAGGAGCUGUCGGAGCAGGACGCGGACAACGGGAGGUUCUCAGACGACGAGGUCAGCUGCUCCCUCAACAUCACGGAUGAGAUGAAGAGGAUGUUCAACCAGCUUCGGGAGACGUUUGAUUUUGAUGACGACUGUGACAGUUUAACAUGGGAGGAGAACGAGGAAACGCUGCUGCUUUGGGAAGACUUCACCAACUGCAAUCCCUCAAUUGACCUCCAAGGAGAGGAAGAAAACCUGGGAAACUUGAUCCACGAAACAGAGUCUUUCUUCAAAACGAGAGACAAGGAAUACCAGGAGACAAUAGGGCAGAUAGAGCUGGAACUGGCCACGGCCAAGAGUGACAUGAAUCGGCACCUGCACGAGUACAUGGAAAUGUGCAGCAUGAAGCGGGGCCUGGACGUGCAGAUGGAAACCUGCAGGAGGCUCAUCAAGGGCUCAGCUGACAGGAAUUCUCCAUCUCCCAGCUCCGUAGCCAGCAGCGACUCAGGAAACACAGACGAAAUUCAGGACGAUUUGGACAGAGAGACGGACGUGGAGCCCAUGGUCAGCUGAUAGAAAGCGGGAGCAUUGCGGUGAAGGGGAAGACGGAGAGCAAAGAUUCCAAACCAAUUGCUGGGGGAAAGGUGAAAGACUCGAGAGCCCUCGCAGAGGGACUCUGAGGACUCAUUCCUACACGCAUCCCCUCCCACCCAAGGAUUGGUGCUGUACAUUUCUACUGUUCUACAAACCAUAAAUGCGGAGUCCUGUAGGAAAACACGGUGUUCUAAUUGUGCCUUUGCCCCAAGCUGAGCCACUUUGAGCUCCAGUGGAAUAUUAAUAGCAGGUGUUUUUAUAAAAUAUGUUCUUUAAAAAAAAAAAAAAGCCAACCAAAGCUGGUAGCAGCAGAGGAUGGUGCUGCAGAGGCUCUGGGUACUUCAGUAAGCUGCUGUUUUUAUUGAGCUGCUGCACUGAUUGGCAAAAGCAACACUGGCAAAAAGAGCAGCAGAACCAAGACAAUUAUGGUGCAAUUACCAAUGUCUGGCACAAAAGAAAAAAAAAAGGAAUUGCCUCCAAAUUGAACUGCAAACGUUUAAAAAUCACAGCGGGUUUGGAGACAGCUCGUAGGGGGAAGCAGUUCUCCAGUACUCAAAGGGUUUUCUUCAUCCCACCUUUCGGGGUGAGGGAGCCUUUGGGAUGUGUACAAGGUUUCUGCUGGACUCCAGGACCUGGAGGAGCAGGACUCAGCUCGGUGGCAAAGCAGGUGGGCACAGGAGGGGUCACUGGGGGGGGGGACUAUCACUGAUUAACUACUAUGCAAAAACAAAAAAAAAGCUCGCCUUAUUUAUGUGGAAUGUUUGGUCCCUGCUGGGCUACAGUUAUCCCUUGGGAAAAGGAAAGCUAAACCCACAUUUGCACACUUAGAUGUCUGUAGAGCUGCUUUUGAGGUGGAAUGUCAUAUCACAAUGCCUUUGUUUCCAGUGAUGGGAUUAGGAGGGGAAUCAGCCCUUCAGGUCCGUGUUGAUUUGUGUCUUUUUUCAGGGUUUUGUUGGGUUUUUUUUAGUGUUUGCAGAAUUUCCUUUGCUGACAGGGAGAUAACUCCAUUUUAUGCUGCUUCCGUGAUGUGUAGAGUGGGGUAGGUGAAGCAUCAGGAUGCACUGACGUAGAUGUAGGCUGGAGACAGGACUUUGGGAGAGAUCCAGGCCACUGUUCUUCGGGAAAGCUGAACACUGGGAAAUGCUGUAAUCCUUUUUAGGGCGUAGUAAACUGAAUCCCAAACUGCUGCUGCCCUAGAACUGGGGAGGAACAGCCAUGUGCUUUCUCUGUGAGAAAGUGGCAAGACCUUGGCUUUGCCCAUCCUUCUGUAUUUUUACCCAGGAGAAGCAGCAUCAGAAGUCGGAUCACUCGGUGGUGGCUGAGGGAACUCCGGCAUCACCGAGCUCCUCACGGUUAGAAUGGGAAUUGUAGCACCUCAGCCAGGUAAAAACAGGGUAUAAACCUCAGCCAAUAAUUUUUUGUUUGUUUUUAGACCAAGAUUGAGAGUGUGGUUGAUACUGCCCAAAGCCAGCUGUGGAGUUAAGUAGUGGUUGGAAGACUGGGAGUAAAUACCAAAUGUGUUUGUUUUUCCUGCCAGGAAGCUUGGAAGGUGCUGUGCAGGAGCAGUGCUAGGGCUGGACAGGGAAAAUCCCCAUCUCAGCACCCACCCAGAGGUUCCGGAAAGGCAAAGUGGCCAAUCCUGUGAGCUUCCUGCCUGGUGUUUCCAAGGCUCUGGUGUGUUGGUCCGGGAUCUCUGGAGCUGCUCUGCAAGCAGCCGAUGUCGGUCCGUGUCGCUCCAUUCCGUAAAGAGCACAGGUGUCUUGGAAAAUGGCUCAUUCCUGGGUGGAAAUUCCUCAGUCUGGCACGGCCACGGAGAAGGGCAGGAGCUCGGGGGGUUCCUGGUGGAGCUGUGGGCACAGGAAUGUUUUCCCCUCGGAGUCUCCCGUGUUGCUGCCUGGCCGUCAGCUCCAUCUCCUGCUUCGAGGCCGCGUGGGCUCCCUGCGUUUUCCAGGCUGGGAAGGAGGGCCCAGGCUGAUCCAUCGGGAUCCACAGUGGGGAGGGCACAAUCCACAGCUGAUGGCUUCAGUCCAAGCCAGUGCAUCCAAGGAUAUUCCCGUGGUGUCCUUACUGAUGGCAGUGCUCGGUGCAGAGCGGGUGACAACUCCUUGGAUCCUGGGCGUGGGCGAGGGGCUUUCCGAAGCCUGCUCUGUCCUGUAAAUGUAGAUAACUUUUCUCUGGAAGAGAAACCUUACUCCAAAGUGCUCAUUCCUGUUAUUUCUUAGGUGGCCAAAGUGGUAAAUGUGAUGUUCAUGAGGGCUGCAAGCUGGGGGGUGGCUGGGGGGGUGUUUGGGGUAUUUUUUGGAGGGGGCUGGGACUGCAUGUUUGAAAUCUGUAAUUCUGAAGGGUUUCGAGCCCGUUUGAACUUCAGCUGCUCCCAAGGAGCCUCUCCCGAGGCCGAGGAAGCGUCUGCCAAGGCUGGAUGUCUGUGAUGCUUCAGUGGCCGGGACAGGCGUUGCUGAGUGUGGUGAAUCAGCUCCUGGAGCCGGCCCCUGGCUCUCCUCCGCCCGGGAACGCUCCUGGCGCUGCCGGGGCCGCGCUGCCGCCUCGCUGCGGGUUUGUUGGUUUUCCUUAAAAAUCAGCGUCCCAGCAGGAAAAAGGCUGAGUGUUCCCAAACGCAGGAGCUGUUGUGCUGAGGGCAGGGAAUUCCCGAGGCAGGAAUUCGGGUGUGGGGUGAGGAGGAGCACCUGUAGUGGGGGGGAGUGAGGGAUGUGGGGGUGUAGAACUCACGUGCUCGGUGGUGAUGUGUAGGACAGUAGAUUCCCAUGGAUGUUGGUGUCUUUCUUAUAACCACAUGUAAUCCCUUUUUAAGGAAGGAAAGGUGUUUUCAUACUCUGGGUCGGGGGUUUAUUUUCAUUUAGGCUGGACCAACCUUUUGGGGGCAGCUGGGGUUGGUCCUUGGGGGUUUCCCUGGGAGGUCAUUGGUUCGAGGUCCUGCUCUGUGUGUGUGGCACCACUCCAGAAACCAGAUCAAAGCUCGCCAGAGAAACAACAAAAAAAAAAGAAUUUAAUUGUAAAAAUGCUGGAAAUGAUUUUGAUGACCUCUUCCUUUUUUCCUUUGUAAAGCUGUAAAUACUUUAUUUUUGUUUUCUAUUCUUAAUGCGGUGUCAUAUUGACACUUUUUUAGAUUUACAAUCAGAAAAUCCUCCUCAUCCUUUCUCAUUUUUUAAAAGGGGAUUUCAAGGAAGCAAAUUUUUUUGCUCGUUAGCAGUGUAAUAAUAGAUCAAAUUCCUAAACUGGGUUUGUACAAAAAUGUUUUCAGUAAACAAAUGGCAGUUUGUGGAUGCAUGUUGUUCAAAAACGUCCAAAGAAUAAUGUGGUACAAAUGUUUUAAAGAACAAUGUGGUACAAACAUGUUUUUCAAAGACUUAGUGACGGUCGUCUUAGUUCACACAACGAAAAAAAGCAAAAUUCUUUAAAAAAAAAAAAAGUGUUGGGGGGGAAUGUAAUGAAGCUCAUCUAAGCUAAAUGUGUAAUCUAUUUAUAAAAACACAGUAUAUAUUCUAUUUUUAUUAGAGGUUUUUAAAGUGCAAACAGAUUUCUGUUGCAGAUGCAAUCGUUCCCUUGUAAAGUUUCUUCUGCUCUGACGGGACCCCCAAAUUCUCUGACGGUUCCAAGAGUCAGCGUGGAAAUAAUCGGGACAGGUUUGGCUGUGGAGCACUCACAGGUCACUUCCUCCAGGGGAGGCCAACAGGCUCAGCAGCUUUUCUGCCUCUGCAGAAUUGCUGCUGCCUCCCUGUGAUUUUAUUCCCUGAUCCUGGAAAGGGUCGGGACCUCCUGAGUCCCGGGAGCGCAGCAGGACAGGGGUUAAAAUCUGCCUCAGCCUGGAAGAUAAAUUAUGGUUGUCUGUACCUGUAGAAAUUGGGAUUAACUCAACCAAACAAAGCAACAGAUGGGAAUCAGGCCUGAGUCUGCAUCUAAAGCUGCUUCUAAAGCGAGAUUAUAUUAAUUUUCCUUUUCCAUAAUCGUUCCUGCCAGCAAAAACACGAGCUGGCUCCCGGGCCGGGCUUGGCUGAGGAAAAGCCGUGGCGGCCGUGGGUGCUCCCGGAGCUCCUUCCCGGUGUUUCCCUUGGCUCUGGGAGCACGGGGAAGGAUGUUUGUGUUGGAAGAGCUGCAGUGCUGGGAGGUCUCUGUUUCACGUUCGAGUGCUUCAUUUUAGAGCUGAAUGUUUAAGGAGUGAUUUAUCCCGGCUGAAUUGAGACAUCCCCGCGCUUCCAUGAGGCAGGAGCACCCCAGUGAGGAUUUUCCACCUUUGGUUUCGGGACUUUCGGGUUUUUUAUCCUUUUGCACGGGUCCAGGACUCGGCUGCAGGGGAACACGCAGGUUUUAAAGCUCUUUGCCUUUGCUGUUGCCACCCCAACGCUUGAUUUUGAGCUUUGUAGUGGAACGUAACUUGUGUCCCUUUGAGUUUUAACCGAGAACAAAAUUACCAAUGGAGGCAGCACGCGGUGUCCCGGUGGGAAUGAGCGGGGUGGAGGUGAGCUGGAAGCACUGCCUGCCGAAUUCUCCGUGGGAAUGGGGUCCCAGCCCCUCUCCCCGCAGAGGGAACGCUGAGGGCUCGCCCAGGCCCUUGGCAGAGGAGUGAGGAAACACCUGACCCUUUCCUUUGUCUGUUUUUGUGCGAGUUCCGUGUCCUCAGACCCUUCUGCGUUCGCAGGAGCCUUGCAAAGCUUCUCUUUUGAAGGAGCAACAAAUCGUGUUUAAGUGUGGGUAUUUGGGUGUAGAAAUCGCCGUUCCCUCCUAAUUUGAGGCACUCCAACAGUGAAGCACUUGGGAAGGGGGUGCUUGUGGGUCUGGCCAGCUCCCUUUUUUUGGGAAAUUACGAUGUUAAUGCAUAGAACAACCCCUGGGGUGGCUUCAAACCUGUGUCAUUUCUGUGGCAGAACAGCCCAGGACCACGGUGCCACAAACCCAGCGGGGCUGCCCAGACUGCCACCCCUGAAACCCGAAAUUUCUGUGUAACUGGGGAGGGUUUGAGGGCGGUUAAACCUCGGUCACUGAACACACACACUCCUUGUGUAACGUGGUUUCACCAAAAGGCUCACGAUUCAGCCCCUAAAACACCUUCCUGUGGUUAAAGCAAAUGUAGCUACCUUCUGCCAAAAAGGAUUAUUUAUUAUUUAUCGUGUUCAAGUGGAGGGUAUCGAUGGCUCUUCCCUCCUGCUGUGUCACUUCUUGUCGGUUCCUCUUUAGGUCACGUAAGAGUUUCUUUUAUCCCCAACGAGCUACUGAUGGUGUGGGAACGCCCCUGGUUACCGUCCCCGUGUAAAUAUUGUGCUUUAUAUUCUGUAUAUUAGCUAAUUUUAAUGACAAAGACUGGACUGAUGAUGCUGUUGGAGCCCUGGUGGGGAAAGGCCGGAGGAUGACCCAGCUCCCGUGCUCUGGAGCGGGGAUGGGGCUGGAGUGCUGUGCUGGGAACCCGCAGCAGCUGGAAUGGGACACCGCCAGUGGAUUUCGGACCAUGAAAUGCUUCAAGAAUCCAAUCCACGUCAGGAGGAGCCCCGAACACUCCCUCAGCCAGAGCCAGAACCACCCGCUCUCCUCUGAGCUUGGCAGAUUUGCUCCAUUUUCCUUUUUUUAGUGCCAAAACCGACCCCACCUCCCCCGUCCGGGUCUGCUGGCGGCUCUCCGUGUGCUGCUCCGGUGUCCAGCCAGUGUCCGUCCGGUGUCCAUCCCGCUCCAUCCCUCCGUCCUGCCCGGGCCGGGGCUCAGCCCGCGGUGCCGGACCCCAGGGGCUCCUCUGUGGGAACAGGGGCGGGAGCUGUCCAUGAAACGCGUCCCAGUCGGUCUCUGGUGACGAGGAAAACCACAAAAAACUAUAGAAUAAAUACCGAACUCCUGGUUGAA